ACAGAAGAUGCAGCAGUCCGUCACUGGAGGAGCUCUUCAGUUCAAUAGCUUCAUGUAUGACUAGUCUCUAAAAACUGGAACACCUGCCUGAAAAUCAGCAUGAAGAAUGCGCCAAUGACCAAGUUAUCCACCAGAUGGCAGUCUUACAUCUUUGUAAUUAUUAUAAGUGCAGAGUGUUGAUUUAAUAUUUAAGAUUUGUAAACUACAGACAAAAUUCAUAUGCAUUGAGUGUAUGGGGUAAGUUGAACCGCGUCACACUUUUCAGAUUUCAGUUUUCCAAAAUAAAAUAAUAAACAUACGUUACACUUCAUAGCUAUCCACUACUUUGUGUUGAUUACUCCAUUAAAAUUAAAUGAAAUUGAGAUGCCUUCUUGAUAUCAAACUGCAGAUGGCACCAGAGCAACAUGCCUAAAGCUGGAGCCACAAGGUUAAAUUAGAAACAUUUUCUACUGGGAAGCUUUGGCCUACUUCUGUGAGCAACAUCAUAUUAAUAAAUAGUUUUUUUAAAUUUACAUUGUGAGGGAAAUGGGUCGAAGAGAGAAGUAUUAAACAAGCAAGAUGGAGCAAUCGUGAAGUAAAGCUUCCCUCCAUGUUCAGUAGAACAAGGUAUUUGGAGGAACUUCUCUAAAGUGUCUUUGCAAAUUAAACCAUCUCUUCUAAUCAUAGCUCAUAAUUAGACCAUGCUGAGUUUGUUAUUGUCUUCCUUUCAUGUAGCAUCAGAAAAAAGAUAGGGGAUUUAGUGCAAAUUAGCUUGGCUCUCUCAAUUAUGAAAGCAACAUUUAAUCAGCUUACUCGCAUUCCGUUGGGAUUCCCGCCCAAUUCCGUCCAACGACUCGCGGUGAGUACAAGACGGAAUAUUUUACGAGCCACGCAGCCGUUACGAAUGGGAACUGAAGGUAUUUAAAACAAGAUGUCCACAGACUGCAGAUGAACUCAUUCCCAGAGCGGGCUCCCUUCAGGGUCAUGCUGGACUUCUAAACACGCCAAAGUGAUCCCGGGAGUGUUGUGGCAUUUAUAGCGCAAAAGUGGUUUUUAUUGGCACCGUUUACAUUCCCAUGGACUGCUGAUCUUAAAUGACUAUAGCUCCUUCUGUGCCUGGCUUUUCCCAUAUUCUAACAUCUUUGUGUAAUCAUGUGCAAAAGGCUUAAAGCAUCUCUUAAGUUUUUGUGUUUUACAGUAAGGAACAGAUUUUUAAAAUCAACCCAGUGGUGCCAAAGAAUCAGGAUACAGAUAAUCUUCCGACUUCCAACAAACUAUUGACUUGAUCAUUUGAUAAUUUGACAUUAGGGACAAGACAAGAAGAGGGCAGGUGCGCUUUGAUUAUAAGUUUUCCUUUAAUUUUCUCAGUUCUUUCAACGUGAGACGUUGGACAACUCAAUGUGAUUUUGGCGAGAACUGCACGAAGACAACAGAAUUGACAUUUUAUUUAUCAGGAACAUGAGGAGGAAGACUGUCGUCUUCUGAGAUUUGGCGUUAUGGGACUGUCACUGAAACGGUUGAGAACUCAUCCAAACAAACGUGUAGUUAUAUGAAGAGACAGUUGUCAUACCUGGAUGUGUCUCGUCUUGAUUUGUUUGUUCCGAGAGUGCUGGGUUCCUUUCAUUCCCUCUCAAAGGCAGGCAAAAAUAGCCUCUCUUACUCACGGUGAAAAAGUAAGCUGUUUUCGUAUCUUUAUUUGAAGAGACAACUGAAAUCACAAAGGUUUUAUUUUAGGUUUUAAACAAAGGAGUGUCUUUUUGUGUCCUGGUUGUUGUCAGAGUCAGCAGGUUUGUGGAAAGCAAGCAGAAAGUGCGCGCGGAACAGAACUGAAGGUACCGACAGAGAACUCAACCAAUAUCCUUUGUUUUUUAUGCGAUACAAUGUGAUGCGGUCAUGUUCCUGCUGUUUCUGGACCAGUGCUCUCGCUUCGCUGCUCAGUGUUUCUUAACAUUGACUUGCAAAAUCAUUCAUCUCGAAAUUGACAUUUUUUGCCCAUCCUUCUUUGCAUGAAAGGUCAAACUCGGUCAGAUAGGACAGAGAGGGUCUGUGAAUGCCAGUUUCCAAGACUUAGUACAGAUUCUCCAUUUGAUUUAGGUCUAUACUUUGGCUAGACCAUUCUAACACAUCAAUUUCCACAUCUAACCCUUUCCAUUGUAUCUCUGAUUGUCUUCUGCAACUCCAAGCAGUUUUUUUUUCUAAGGUAAACUUUCUUGUUCAUGCUAAAGAAAAUCAUCUCACACCAUGACGUUGCCACCACCCUGUAACACAACAGGGGACGUGUAUUUAGUCAGCUUACCAAUUAGGUGACUUCUGAUGGCUUCAGUGUGUUUUAUUUUGAGGCAUCUAAUUAAAAGAGUCUGAAAACAUAGGAACACCAUGUUUUGUAUAUUUUUGUUUGGAGAAAACAAUAAAACCAUGUUCAUGCUUGUCAUUCAAAACAAUGUGAACAGUAUGCUCUGUUCUGGCCUCAAUAAGCUGUAAGCAUCAUUUAUUCUUUUUAGUACAUGCAUAUAUAAAAAGAAAAACACAAUGAAACUAGAUUUUUCUCUCCCAGAAUCUGUUGCACAUGACCCGUUAAAGUAAUCCCCCAUUUCUGGAAAAUGUCCCUAUGGAAACAAACCAUGGCUGUGCUCCUGGCCUCCAUCUCCCCCUGGGACCGAUCCUGUCAGGCGAAAUGGACCGGGCAAGGACUUUCCAUCGGGCGGUUUCUUUCCUUCUCCUUUUUUUGUGCCCUCCAGUUCCUGAUAAAGAUCAGCAAUCUGGCUGCUCUAUUUUUAGUCGUGAUAUUAUGGGGAGGGAGAAGGAACCCGGGAUGCUGUUUGCUGCCUGCAUCAUUCAGAACACUGAUGGGCUGUUUAUAGGCAGCGACCGUCCUGGACCGCUGUCGUCCCCCGUGCUCUAAGAUAAAUGACCUUAUUAGCGAAACAUUAAAAGGAACUAUUCAUCACACAUGGAGUUUUUCACCAGCUCAACCUCACUUUGAAGCAAAAUUGAAAUCAGUGUAUUGUAGAAAGUCAUCACCCCUGUAUUUGCUGUGAGCUGACAUCUCCUCUGUUGGUGAUUUGGGUAUGGGUUGAGAGCUUUAGUGUUGGAGUUCUUCCCUGCUACAGUCUUGGGAAGCGGGAAGGUUCUGAUGAUGGGUUGUUUUGGGUCAGAGGCACAAAUAACUUCAGGCUAUAUGAAGUCCUUGAUUUUCAGGGUGUCCCUUAAGGGAAAUACUCCAAGUCUCCAGGGGAGUUCAGCGCCAGUGUGGGUUGAGAGAGUUAUCUAAAAGGGUGAGAUUGGGAACCAACUUUUCUAAUCUGAAUCCAUUUUGUUUUUGGACGUCUGUGCUACGAGUGAGCUUUUUUAUAUAUAUAUAUAGAGAGAGAGAGAGAGAGAGAAAUGUUUGAGCAUAUGUCAUCCAAAGGGUUCACAGUCCCAAUUCUAAAUCAAGAAUUGAUUUAGAACCUUUAUUCCUAGACUUUGGCAAUAAUAAACUUUUCCGCAGCCUUAGGGACGUUUUGAACAGAGACUCAAAAUGCCCAAUGUUCAUGAACUAUGUUGUGAUUGCGGCUUCCACUGUCUGUGGCCUGAAGAUUGUUGGUGCUUUUAUAGUGGCAGCAACACCAGGACACUGAUGAACACCAGCUGAAGCAGGAGAUCUUAAGGAUAAAGUGAUGUCAUUCACAGACAUGUUUGCUUUUCGUGCUAUUUUCACACCUGAUAGUCCGGUAGAGUCAGUAUGAUUUCAGACUAAAAUGUCAACAUUUGUUACGUUUUCAAUUGGUGCAGUUACAUUACAUUAUCGAACAAACCAAACCCUUUGAAAAAAAAAACUGUUCUCUUCCCUCGCCUGUGGUGGCGCUGCAGCAGGAACCACUGAAGGAAAAACCGCUAAAGAAGAGAUGAGUGCAAUUUCCUUCGUCAACAAACAAAAAUGGAAUAGCGUCAGAUUUUAGCGGUUGCAGGAUUUUGGUAAAAGAGCACAAGCUCUUUCUCCUGUUAGUGUUAAACUUGUCUGUUUUUGGUUGUUGCCGGUCAAGUUUUGGAUUUGAGGAUAUGGAAAAUGUCGCCGUCCGGUGCUACUGUCAGAGCGGGGAGAACCAAAGGUAAGAGCGGCGGGGGGGAACUGACGUAAGAGCGGGUUGAAUACGUAAUAGACGGCGGGGGAGGAAACUGGUGGACGAGGGGCGUACAGGCGAGAAGAACUAACUUAAAAGCAGCGGCGCCAUCAUACGGGAUAUUUACGGGAAAAUAAUACCGGAGCACAGCGGGAAGGAGAUUAAAAAUUAUAGCUUCCCAGCCAAAACGGGAGACUUAGCAGGUAUGCAUUUACCCAGAAUGCCCUGCGCUAUAGUCCAGUUCCAGGGCUGGUGUGGAUGCACCCAAAGUCUCUAGGUAAAGUCAGUAAAUUUGCUGCUACUGGGAUUUUUUAUUAUUUUUAUUAUUAUUUCCUUGUUAAAUGUCGCUGUAAAGUGACCAGAAGACUUUUUAAAACUCUAAUUGUCACUAAUGAAAGAUGAUAGAUUCUUUUUUUGCUGCCAGUUAAAAUCAUUGCAUAAAAAUGUCACUAUUACUGGAACAGUCUUUUAAAUCCACCAGAUGAAUGUAAUAUAAAAUAAUUGGAUGGAUUCUGUGUUUGUUUGCUUCUUCCAGUUUCGACUCGGUUGACGGGGUCUAAUAAGUUGGUGUCGGACCCCCUCUUUCCCCACUGCUGAACAGAAUGGCGCGGUUACACCUUUCACAUUUAGAAACAAGACACUGAAAUGCAGAAAGAUUGCCUCUAUGCAAUCUUGGGGUAAUUGGGUCACUCAGAGGUUGCAGUUCUACAAACGGGUCUUACAUCAGGGGAUAAUGACGCAUGUAAUUAUGGGAAAAAUCACCCGUGGUGUGUCUUCUCGUUGAUUGAGCUGUGCUCAGAUUCCCUGAAGAUGUUCCUCUUCCCUCCUCUCACACUGUGGCGGCUGUCAGACGACGGGCCUUCUGGCAGACUGCUGCUUCGUGGCUCCUUACGGCAAAAUCUGCCAGCUGACGACUGGGAGUGCUUGGCUGUCUCGCUGAUAGGGAGCACCUGCUACUAUCUAUAGCAACUGAGGAUUGAUGAGUCACGUGGAGUUUGAUGAAAAGGAUCAAAAUGGUGAAAGAAAGGCUCGACCAAACCAAUCCAACCCAAUGUGAAAAGUAAUUGUACCAUUUGGGAAAUCCUGGUUGAACCGAUUAGGCUCGAGAGCUAAAUUUAAUCUGAUCAAAUCUGCGUCCAGGCUUGCUUUACAACAGAAUGUAUCAUCAAGAAAUUGCAUAGAAAAGACCUGUCCGACAACAUGAAGUAAGUUGUUAGGUCUCAAAAAGCAGCUCAUAGUGCCAUUUUCUGAGGAUUAAAUGUUUAAAAAAAAAAAAAAGGCAUUAGGACUUCAGCAAACAGCAUUUGGAGUCAUUAUCUGCCAAUGGACACAAGAUGGAACUUUCCCAGAAAGGAACGUAUCAAAUUUACUCCAAGAGCACGUUUGAGACUCAUCCAGAGGGUCACAGAAGAGCCCAGACCAACGUCUAAAACACUGCAGACCUCUAUCUCAGGUAAGGUCAGGGUUCAUGAUUUAACUAUAAAAGAACAACUGGGGGAAAAUGACAUGGGACAGUUUUGAGGCCAGAACUACAGCGAGGCAAAAAUAAAACAAAGGCAAAGGCCGGUCUUACACUUUCCUAAACAAAUAACUUGAUUUAACUUUAGUCAAAUCCUUCUCACUAUGAUCCUCUGAUUUAAACCAUCAGUAGGAUGCACUUUUAAUGUUUAUUCUUUUUACACACACACACAUAUAUGUAUAAUUUAUAGUUACAAAAAUUAUUCCUCAAUUACUGCGGUUUUCAAAUCUUCACAUUUUUUUUGUAAUUUGCUUAUUGCUCAAAUAAAAACGCAAUAAAAUAAAUUUGUGGGAUGACUUGUACUGUGCCCAACACCCCCUUCCCAGCCAGUUCUUCCGUCUUCUUCGUGGUUUGCGCCAGUGGCAACAUCCGGUUAUUGAUCAUGUGACUCGUGUGAUGAGGAAAAAAAGCGCUUCAGUUGCAGUUUUGCAAAAAAUAAUGAAACAAACCGAUUUUGAUACGGCUUUAAAACCUCACCUCAUCUCGCCAAAACUAUUCACAGGGGUCAGUCCUUAAAUAUGGAAACUGCAAUGAAGGACUGAGAGAACGACAGUAAACGAGGACGGAGUCAAGGGAGAGAGAGAGCCGUCCAAGAAAAGACGAGUAGGACACGAGAAUGGAAGGGAAAGAAGGGCACAAAGAAAAAGGACAUAAGAAGAAGGUCAGAAUGGAAAGGACACAAUGCAGAAAGGAACGACAGAAGGAAACAGAAAAAGGAAGAAAAGUGAGUCUAAAAGAAAGGCAGAACACGAGGAAGGCAAAGAAAGAUAAGAGAAAUGAUGCAACUACUUUUUUUUUACUCGCAUAAGGACUGAAGUCUGGAAAAUAAAUAUUUUUCCAGUCUCUUAUUUUUCUACCUUUACUCACACCUGUAAGGUACUCAAAUAUCAGUGCUUCUCCAGUCUGUUCUGAAACCUGAUGAAACUUCAUCAAUUCUAGCUUCCCACAGGAAGAACAGAAACCUUCCCUUUCCCCCAACUUUGUGGCAGCGCGCUCGGAAACCCUUCAUCUGGGCGGUGGUGCGGUGUGGUGGCUGGUGGGCGUUGGUCUAAGUCAGCAACUACAUUCAUCCUUGAACGCAAAGUGCAGCUGAAGACCUGUUGAUUCUGUUUUGUUCUCCAUCGGUUUUUCUUUUUCUUUGCUUUUCGUUGGGUUUGAGAGGCGUGAAUUUCUGACUGGCAUAUCUUUCUCCGCAGAUGCUUCUGCUGACCCUCCUGGCUCCGAAGAUGCGGGCGCGGAUCGGUUUUCACCGGCAACAGCAGCAGCAACAACAAUGAGAACGACGUGACAGAAGACGGAGCGGAUUAGUUUUUCCAAGACAGCCUCUAACGGUGAUGCCGUCAUCGAUUCCCAGAGAGCUGUUGCUGUUGCGCGUUCCGCUGUUUUAGGCGGCGUGCCGGACGCUGACGAGGCAGGCGGCUGUGCGUCUUGGAGAGGGGCAGGGGACGCCGGAGACGCGCAAGCAGCAGCAUCAACAUCAGCGGCGGCGGCUCCCCACAGUCUGCUCGGAUUCGGAUCAUCCGGCAGCCUCCGGGCGUCGCUGGGCCGUCAGAGCGGACCGCGCGAUGCGCACCGACCACCUCCGUCUGGGCGUCUCUCCCUGAGACCCCAUCGAGUCAUGUCUGAAACGGAGCGAUGGGCAAGUUCGACGACAACGAGAGGAUAAUCCUCAACGUCGGGGGCACGAGGCACGAAACCUACAAGAGCACCCUGAAGACCCUGCCGGGGACGCGCCUGGCCCUGCUCGCCUCCGACUCGGACAUCGACUCCGUGCUGGACCAGCUGCAACAAGUCCCCGGCUUCAUCGAGUACAACGCGCGGACCAACGAGUACUUCUUCGACCGCCACCCGGGCGUCUUCGCCUACGUGCUCAACUACUACCGCACCGGGAAGCUGCACUGCCCGGCGGACGUGUGCGGACCGCUGUUCGAGGAAGAGCUCUCCUUCUGGGGCAUCGAUGAGACGGACGUGGAGCCGUGCUGCUGGAUGACCUACCGGCAGCACCGCGACGCGGAGGAGGCGCUGGACGUGUUCGAGCUCAACGUGGACACCACCUGCGAGGAGGACGACGAGGUCGGCAAGAGGCUGGGGAUCGAGGACGUGGCGGCGGACGGGAACGUCAGCCUGUGGAGGAAGUGGCAGCCGGUGAUCUGGAACCUGUUCGAGGACCCGUACUCCUCCAGGGCGGCGCGGUUCAUUGCCUUCGCGUCUUUGUUCUUCAUCCUGGUCUCCAUCACCACCUUCUGCUUGGAGACCCAUGAGGCUUUCAACAAAAUCAUCAACAAGACCGACGCGCGGAACAGCAGCGAGCCGGACCCGGCCCCGCAGUACGAGAUUGAGACCGAUCCCGCGCUCACAUACGUGGAGGGAGUUUGCGUUUUCUGGUUCACCAUCGAGUUUCUUGUGCGCGUCACCUUCUGCCCAGUCAAGCUGGAGUUUGUUAAGAGCGUUCUCAACAUCAUCGACUUUGUGGCCAUUCUGCCCUUCUACCUGGAGGUAGGGCUGAGCGGCCUCUCUUCGAAGGCCGCCAAGGACGUCUUGGGUUUUCUCAGGGUGGUGCGUUUCGUCCGGAUUCUGCGCAUCUUCAAGCUAACGCGUCAUUUUGUAGGGCUUAGGGUGCUGGGCCAUACAUUGCGGGCCAGCACCAAUGAAUUUCUGCUGCUAAUCAUCUUCCUGGCGUUGGGAGUUUUGAUUUUUGCCACCAUGAUAUAUUACGCGGAAAGGAUCGGUGCCAAGCCCAAUGACCCCACGGCCACUGACCACACCAAGUUCAAGAACAUUCCCAUCGGCUUCUGGUGGGCCGUGGUGACCAUGACUACUUUGGGCUAUGGAGAUAUGUAUCCAGAGACCUGGUCAGGCAUGGUGGUAGGAGCGUUGUGCGCUUUAGCCGGUGUGCUGACGAUAGCCAUGCCUGUGCCCGUUAUUGUCAAUAAUUUUGGAAUGUACUACUCUUUGGCCAUGGCUAAGCAGAAGCUGCCCAAGAAAAGGAAGAAACACAUCCCUCAGGCAGUGCAGGGAAGUUCUCCGAUAUACUGUAAAGGGGACCUCAACUUGACCUGCAACAGCACUCAAGGUGACUUGUGCCACGUCAAAGGGGGUAGAUUACUAGAACGCAACCGUUCAGUUCUGUCGGCAGACUGCAGCGCUGGCAGCGACCUGAGCAUGUCUCCGGAGGAGAUGGUCCCCAUGCGACGGUCCAGCACCCGGGAACACGACCGGCGAAGUGGGGGCACGUGCUUCCUCCUGGCUGCCAGUGACUACACGUGCCCCGCCGACGGAGGGAUGAGAAAACCAGGUAACUGCACGUGCUAUGAGAAAUCCCGGAGCUUAAACAACAUUGCUGGCAUGGCCGGUAACACCCUGCGGUUGUCUCCCGUGACCUCGCCGUACGGAUCCCCCUGCCCGCUGCGCCGCUCCCGCUCCCCUAUCCCAUCCAUCCUGUGAGGCCUCCAGCCUAAAAAGAACGCCCGCCCUCCCUUCCUUCGGCAUCGUGUCUGAACUUGCAUAUUGCCUACAUCGCAGCUGAGACUUAACGCUGCCAGGCUGGCAAAUCUCAGCAAGCAAGGAAGGAGCGUGCGCUAACAUCCUUCAGUAACACGAUUAUUCCACUUUGUCACUUGGAGUUCCCUUUAGUUUGACGCUGUCAUUUGAGACUUGCAAUAAAGGAACCCUGACUGAAGUAGCCGCCAUCCACCAUGUGAUCCAUAUUUACUAAUCAGGGAUAUUAGAUGUUGCCAUAUUUAGAUGUCAUCAACCGAGACGUGCUUCCAGGGACAAAAAGAUAAAGAGAUGUCACAACAUUUCAACCACACACGACUGUCACUUUGCUUUAUGGUUUGGUGUUAUUUUUGGGGUUUGAAGCGGAACGAAACGGUGCGAGAGUGUAAGUUUCAUCUCGCACGAGCACCGACAGCAGAGCCUGCUCAUGUUUGUGCAAGGAUCUGGUUUGGCAAACAGUUCGAAGGAGGAGAAAAGCUUGAGGAUUUAUAUGCAUACAUACAUAAAGAUGUGUCUUUGUUUUAGUUUUAUGGUGUAGGGAUUGUGUUUUUUUUCUUCCUUUUUUUUUUUUUUUUUGAUUCCACUGAGUGCCACCAAACUUGCUGUGUUUCUGGUUGUUUACUGGCAGAUAACUGCAAAGAGGUGGUCUUUACUGGUUUCACACAAGCAGAGAGCAGCGUUCUAUCUUAAUGGCUUUGGGAGAUGGAACCACCAUGGCAGAAAGGUAACACUCUGACGGGACCCCUGGCAUCAGCUUUCAGUGCAGAACACGUAUUUGGUUUGUCGUCUUGUCUCUUUACUAAAGCGGGAUUCAUUGUAGUGAUCGGAAUAUGCUGGUGUUUUAUUGUAGAGACAAGCACAAGGCUUCAUAAAGUCACAUGCAGCAUUUUUCUCCAGUGCAUUAUUAUUAUUAAACUGUUAAGAUUGCAAGCAUAUAUUAACGAAACAAGCAAACUCAGGUUCAAGUGUUUCUAGGCAUAGGUUGGUAAGAGAUUCAAAGCUUCUUCAAGCCUGUUAGCUCUGUCAACUCAACAACUACUUCCUUUCCCACUUCAAAAUAAGAGCCACAAUCAUAGACGGAACAAUUACUAACACAAACUCAAAGCUGAAGUGAAUAAUAAGCCAUUUAUUGCUGGAGCUAUUGCUAACUCUAAACAAAACAGCAACCAUAUUGGAUUUUAAGGUCAGGAUUGUUAAAAAUCCACCAACAAUAUCCACUUACUUUAGAUUUCAAUAAGCAAUAUAAAGUUAGGAAACAUCUGUUUCAUUACUGUCUUUAAUUUUUAAUAACUGGAACAUUUGUCCUUACACUUUAACACUGUAAAGUGUAAGCUAGCUGACGAACAGUGCUCAGCAACAUGUCGGGGAGGGCCAGCUUUACUUUCCAGGUCAAGGAGUUAAAUGACUCGAGGCAACCAAAAAAAAAAACAACCUUCAGACGACGUCAGCCAUGUUUUCAAAGGGGACAGUUUAUGUGGUCGCGCAAUGUUUGGUGCGAUUGAGAAAGUUGGAAAAUAACGAGAGGAAAUUCUGGGAGAAGGACCCAAAACACCAUCAGUUUGAUAAGAAUAACAAAAUUAAUUAGCAUAGCAUCACAGCAUCAACAAUAACUUAAGCAGAUGGAUGCAUUUCUGAUUCUUGAACCAAUUUUACCUCCUCCAGUCGCGAUGAAAAAGCUAAAUCCAGUAGUUAGACAUUCUUAAAAUGUUAUGUCAUAUUAAUGUUAUAUUAUGCAGUACAAAUGAAAGUUUGUUAGUCGCUUGUGCACGGGCUCUCAACAACCUUCUAGAACAUCCUCCAUAAUUUAUUAAACUCCACCACUCCCUGAGAAUAAACAAGUUAUGGGAGGACUCAACUAUAAUAGGUUGGGAAUACCUUUAAUCCCCUAAAUUUAGUAAUUAUUCGACAGAGUAGUUGACUUCUAAAAGUAUCUGAUAGCCAGAACCUAACUCCUUGUAAAAAUUCAACCAUUUACUCUGAUUUUUUUUACAACUGUGUGGGGAAAAAAAAUCCAAAAGAUACACAGCACAUGCAUCAGGCGUAAAUGUAACCGAACAAAUGUUCCAUGUGAUUUCUUUUAUCAAUGCUGCUGUUGCAGAAACAUUGUUGCGAAUUUGUAAUAUUUCAAAAAUCACAAGACGUUGUUCCCGUUCUGACCGCUAGGUGGCAGUCAAGCGUUUUCAAUAUGAUUCCUGGUCUGUAGAGAAAAUUCAUCAACUGGCGCUUUGGCUCCAGCAACACUCAGAGGCAAAUUUGAAACAAUAGCUGGAAAUUAUAUGAACACUUUUAGCAUUUUGAUUCAAAAUGGCCUGUUAGGAACCUUUCUAUGUCUUGACAGCGCUAACUGUUACCAGCCCAUACCUAGAUGUUACCAGUUUGCUUUAGGAAAUACUCACUAAAAAGUGAGUUGUUGUUUUGUUUUUUUUUCUUUGAAGCAACUCUUACACCAGACAGAUAAAACCUGCACUAUGUGAAACCCAUCCUCACAGUGCGUCUUUACCACAAGCGCAUGGUUGCCUGGCAACUGGCUCACAGCAAGAUGCAUCUUACACACAGCUUGGCAAGAAGAAAAAAAAAAACUUGGUUAAAAACAUUUUUUUUUUCCUCUUGAUUUCACUGCAAACUCCUUAUUUAUCUCCCUUCCCUCCACUUAAGUCACUGAAAUGCAUCACGCAGUUCGUAGAAUCUCAUGUUGCAUUUUGAGCGCGUGACCGAUCUGGUCCUUUGUGAGAUGUGAUGUUUUUGAAAGAUGUGUCCGUGUUUCACUGAAACCAUUCAUUCCUGUUUGAAUGCCAGUGGGAUAAGACUGUCAUCAGUAGUGGCGACCUAUUGCGGUGGGAGACCGCCCUCUGAACCCACCAGUGGGAACCACGAGGCCACUGCUACCGGACAACACGGAGGACCCUGCAAAGAAGCUAAUGACUGACAGCAACCCAGCUUACUGUUCUGCCAACAAGGAAGAGACUUAUUGGUAAAACAACAACAACAACAACAAAAUUCUGGGAGGACUUUGAUAUGUUAAGCCCUCUCACGUUGUUAUUAUUAUUUUAUUUUCCUGUUUCGGAAUCGGAGGGGGGGCGAUUGAAAAAAAGAAAGAAAAAAAAUGGUCCUUAAGGAGAAAGUUUAUGACAUAGACAUUGCUCCUGUAAAUACAAUAACUCCAGCACAUCUGGGCCAAGUGGCUCUGUCCACACAUCUGUCUUUUGAUGGCGAGUCGGGUAUCAAGGUGGGCGCUAUGGUAGCUGCGUAGUGUCGUGACACUCGGCAUCGAUGCCUUUUCUAGCUGUGGUAUCUCCUUUCCAUCGCAAUAAGUGUAUUAAGGCGUAUCCGUUGAGGCACUUUGUGUUUUUGAAAAUGGAGUGUUAAUCGUACCAGAUACUCUACUUACGGUAUAUACAGCGUAGAGAGACAUAAUGUGCUAAGCUGAAUAAAUACAUCGCAGUCAUCUAUGCUUACUUCUUAUUUGGUGACAUGCUUCAGGCCCCGCCCACGCUAACACCGGGAUUUCUAUUCUUUCUUUGUUUACACUUCCCUUCUGCAAACCAACCAAUUUUCAAUUGGAAAUAAUUUGACAUUUUAAAGUAAAGUCUGUUUGGGGUGUUUACAUGCACACUGGAUUCAGGUAAUGUUAGCCCACUGCGGCUCACUUCACCCCUUUGCCUUGCAUUGCUUUUUGGUUCCUUCCCAUAUCCAUUUCAGACAUUUAAGCAAACUCCAUUUUAUAUAGUUUACACCCUUAAACAAUUAUAUGUUUGAUUAGUUUUGUUGUAGUUUAGUAUUUUCAGAAAUGAGAAAAAAAUAAAUGGACGUGAAGAUGAAACCAGGCUUCCUCUUCCCUGAAAUCAGUUGCUAUGUAAAAGAUUUGAGUUUAUGAUACUACAUCAGACACAAAACGUUAUACAGCAUUGUUUGUUGAUGGAUAUUUUUCAUUGGAGUGAUAUAAACUCAUUUUCUCCUACAUAAUGAGUCAAAAAAGGAAAUUGUCAUUGUAUUCCCUUGUCUGGACAGGUGAAUUGACACACGAUCAAUGAAAUUGGAUGGCACCAUUUCAUAUAAAAACAAAAAAAUCUGAUAAAAAUGAUCAAAACUUUAACGGUAGUAUCAGUGAAAUGAUUAGCACCUGAAGAAGAAACACAACAGUCCAAAAUGUUCAAAUAAAUGUAUAAACACAAAUCUAUGUUCAUUAAGCUUCAAAUAUAAUAGAAAACAUUUUCCCUAUCACUGCUUUAGCCGUGCUCAUUAUCUUCUUUGGAAUUUAAAUCUAGUGAAUGUUGACAAUAUUUCCACCUACUGGUGCCGAAUUGCUAUAGCAGCUUUUCUUAAUGGCAUUUUACAGAUUUAAAGAGGGGGGGGGGAAAAAGAUCAGUUGUAAAUGUAAUGUAAAUCUGGCGUAGCGUAGCCGGGGCCUCGGUAGGCUAAGUCACAAACGUGAGUGUGUAUGUCUAUAUGUGUCCCCAAAAACUCUACCAGGUGGAGAGCUGGGGUUUGAAACACUAGUUCAGGGGAGACCAGUGAGUGGACCUGAUGCUGAAUCUUCCAGUUAGUGUUAGCACAAGCGCUCUCCCUGCGAUGCAGCUACCAUUGUAGAAGCCUCCCAUUUCCCCCCACACACACACCCCCUCUCCCACUAACCCCAGCCACCAAUACCUACCUGGUGCAUUUAGUGCUGCAGAUUUUUUUUCUCUCUUUACAAACCAAAAUGACUCUUAACAUUACUCCUCAUUAUUUCUGGUCGCUACAGAAAAAAGGAAAAAAAAAAACAACUGCAUGACUUGAUUCUUCCAAGCUUUGUUUCCUCCAGCCCCUUAAACCUCCCCUCCCCGUCCCCCCCACUCUGUUAUGGGGACGGAGCAAAAAGUGUAGCAGAAAUUUCACCGCGUUCCGAAGCGGGACUUCUAGAGCGGUACGCGUCUGCACUUGUAGCAACACUGUGUGCCCACACAAUCACAUCGGCUUUGCAAUAAGCAAAACGGGAAAGGAAGGGGGAAAAAAAAAAAAAAAAGCACCGACCCACACUGUGAUUUCAGCAGCCAGUUAAAGUAGGAACGGAAAUAAAACGAAGCCCCCCAAAAACCGGCUGUUUGUUUGGUAGCGACCUGCGCGGUUGUAGGCUAGCUGUUCCAAGUUAUCGCCCCGUACACACAAUCCUCCUUGUGUAGUAACCACACGCUGCUUUACUCUUUUGAACUGUCAAAGGAGAACCGUUCUUGUGUAAUUCUAGGAUGAUGUUGUGACUUGAAAACAAACGGACAACAAGAAAAAACAAACAAAAAAACAAAAAAAAGGGUGUUUAUUUUUUUGAAUCCAGAACACGUAUUUUUGUGCCAUGCUGUUGAUGACCCCACCGCUCUGAACGGUGGAAGUCAUGGUGGUCUGAUGGUGUGCUUCUCCGUCGUACGUUCAAACUGUCGACGCUUUUGACCCGAGUUCACAUUUCGUACGUUUUACUGUGAGGAAAGUUCCGGUUUUAAGUGUGUGUUUGUGGCGCUUUUUGUUGUCAUUCUAAAAUGCAUGCUAAAAAAAAAUAAAUAAAUAAUAAAGUCACUAUGUCAAUCUGUACAAAAAAAAGUUGAAGAAAUGACCUCCUGUAUAUCAUUCUGUGUAUAGAAUUAAGGUAAAUGCUAUGUGAAAGACUCACAUAAACUAUUUAUCUUUUA